GGGGGGGGGGGGGACCCCUGAUCAAGAACCACCACCAUGUGUGGUUCGGCGUCUAGCCACUGCAAGCCUGGCUCAAGGGAUUCUGCUCGUCAAAGCAUCGGGCAGGAUAAUAAGCCGUUCCUGCACCUUUGAUGGUCAGGAGAAAUGUCUCGUAGUCUUGAGACAUCCCAGAUAUUAUGGCAGGAGCCACUACAUCUAUGUAGUAGUUAGUCGAUAUACUCCAAUACGAACCCCUCGGGCAUCCUCUCUUCGCACAGGCUGACUCCUGACAUGAAUGAACCACCGCUGAGCUCCCCAUUGCUGGCAGUAGCAAGGCUCAAGCACUCCCCAGUGUCCGAACUCGAGCCACUAGCCGCUGAAACAGUGGACGCGUGUCAAACUAGCUAUGAUGUUACGUCACGCGAAUCACACUCAAAGACCGCGCCCAAUGUCUUCACCUCGAGACACGAGACGAAAUGAACACCAACGUACCUUCAAUAUCGACGACCCACGUGAGUACUGCGAAUAGAC